AUGUGUUUACUCCUGAGGAUUUCAACGGAUUCUUGCAGCUCCGUGCGGAACAUCAUUUGGCUGCCUUUGACUUUGGGGGCGGCCAAGUCUUCAGCGGCUUGUGAGGCAGGCGGCGUCACUACGGGCGAGACGGACCUCGGGGACGUCACAGCAAUUUCCCUCUUUGAGUGGCGCCUCAUAACAACGGGCCUUCAUGGCGUGAUUACAUCGUGGAACUUGCGCACUUGCCGUAUUCAGGCCGAGUGUCCCUCCAAUGGCGGCGCUGUUUUCUCCCUCUGCCGCGCCCCCCCCGAAGUAGGUUUACCGUCGUUCGCUGCUGCAUGCGAUGACGGCCGCGUGCGACUUCUGCGCGUCUCUGGGACGGCAGCCAGGGCCUGUCGCGAGCACAGCGACGACCCUUAUGUUGGAAUGUUGUCAAGCGACAAUGGCUUCACUGAAGAGAUUCAAGUUACCCACACUCUCCCGAAAACCAAAAGCCGUUUGCUUUCAGUGUGCUGGUACUCCCGGGAUCUGAUUUUUGCGGGAAAUGCUUCCUCGUGCAUUUUGCGGUUUUCGCGCUCGGGGCAGCAUAGUGCAUUCGCGGCGGAUGGGCAAAUGGCGCUGGAUAGCAGACCUCUAGCAGGAGAAUCUAAGUCGGAAACUGCAAGAGCCACGACAGCAGUAGCAGCACCAGCACAGAUAAAGCUUGUAGCGAAUUCUUGGCUUAUUGUGCAGGAAGACCGGUGGGUAGUUCGCGCGUGUCGUUACCCGCAUUUGUGCGACAGCCAAGCCGUCGCCUGUCUGCCAAGAGUUCCUGGAGGCCCUGACGGUUCUUUGAUUGUGACGGGGGCAGCAGAUGGAAGCAUAAAGUGGAUGCGAAACCUCACUGAACUGGCGGGUCUCAAGGCACCAUGUUUGCCCUUCUGUUUGUCUCCUUCCCUUCGGGGCCUCCAGCGGCCGAAGGUGAUUUGGAAGAAGCGGCUGCUGGUGUGUCCGUCUGCUACUGACAUCGGAAUAUGGCACAUCGAAGAUGCAGCGUGGGGGGGGAAUGGCAGCAGCGCAGCGGGAGAAAACAAAUCGGCAGAACCCCCACAGUCACCUUUGAUUAAGCUUGCGAGAAUAGCGUUGCCAAAACACUCGAAGAUAAACUGCUGCGAUGCUGCCAAAGACGGACAGCUGUUAGCCGUGGGGAGCAACGACGGGCUGCACCUUUUUGGCUUCCAUAUCAAAGAGCUGGAGAUUCAGGAUUUGCAAUGCCUGGGCGCUUGCCGAGUAAAGGAGAUGGUGACGGCUUUACAGUUUGUUUCCCGCAGUGUUCUUGCGUGCUGUUUCUUUUCGCACAAAAGCCGGAAAGCGGCGAACUACCGCCGCCUGCGCGGAGUUGGUAAGGUUGUUGGCUCUCUCUCAACGAGCAAUUCUGUGGGGAAUGGCGUCGAUGAGAAAACGCAAAAAGGCCGAGGAAAAACAGAAGAAGAAAGCUCUUGCGCCACCACUUCAAAGAAGUGGUUUUGCAAAGAUAUCCCCUGUAUGCGUGAGGCAGAAGCUCUGCCAGACCGCCUGGGGGAAAUAGACGGCAAGUUUUGCCUUUCAUUCAUUAAAGUCUCCACUGGAACGGAACUCGCGUCUGUCCGAGACUUGCCCUUCCGUAAGGCCACUGAUUUCGUUCCGGAGUAUAAGAACAUCCAGUGCUAUCAUUCGCUUGUCCACAUGGAUUUGAGUCCUGAUGGGAAGAAGCUGGGGUGCCUGAACAGCAACAGUUCCAUAUUCGUAUUUGACGUUGAGUCUUUCGAAUUGAUAUACUUCUUGCCAAACAUUUUUAGAAGGGGGGAGAAUGUGGCGAACUUUUGUUUUUCCCCUGACUCCUCGAGGUUGUUCGUGUUGGGCACUCGCAACGGUUAUUUCCUGACGGAGCUGAACGAGCUCGAUUCCUCUUUAAAUGAACGUAACGACAACAACAAAGACGAAGCGAAAACGGAAUCAAAUAACCGAAAAUUUCAAAGACAAAGGCGGAUUGUCCGCUCGAUUCCUGCUCGCCAACUGUCGCGAGAAGACGGCUCAAUUGUGCAUUGCAAAUGGGUUGAGGACGAAGGGACAGCGUAUGUGCUGUGCAUGACGCCUUCAAGCUUGUACAAGCUGUCGCUGGGAGAUGCGGCGGCGUCUAUGGACGUCGAAAACAGGCAUCAGAAGAACCGAGGGAGAGAAAUUAGACUAUUAAAUAUGAGCAGCGACUCGGAGGAGGACAGGGACUGCCAAGACAACGGCUGUUCAUCACAAACGCUUUCGUUUCCCCGUCACCUUAAGAAGCUGCGAGGGCAACGCCCUAUCAUAAUUUCGGCCGCUCCGGUGUAUGCUGCACCUUUCUGUGUGCCUCGUGUUCUCCCUGCUUCUCUUUCUCGGCCUGAAAACGAGGAGGGGUUGAGCCUCUUCUGGAACUCGCAAGGCUCUCCCCACUGCGGGGCCACUCCGGGUGGUACCGACAGCACGCGUUCAACAGCUACGACGCCUGGCGAUUCGCCGGUCAGUGCCCAGAGAAUAGGGGGAAGGGAGGCCCCCGCAGAGGGCAGCGGGAGGAAACGCAUGUUUAACAGUAUUGCCCAUACGGCGCGGCUGCUCUGCCAAAGCAAUAAUAAAGGCUUCGUUGGGUUUGCACUCGAGAAAUGUGACGGGCAAACUGCAGUUAAAAUGCUUCCUUGCUCAAAUGGGCCCUGCAGCCGCGCCCUUGUUUUGCUGGAGGUGUUGAACAACGGCACACCAAACGACCCUUCUUCGCUCCCUCCCUUUAACAGAAAGCGUUAUGGCACAUAA